AUCCGGCGUGACCUAUUCAUACAUCAUGACGGACACGCGGAGAAGAGUCAAGUUAUAUGCCCUGAAUGCGGAUAGACAAUGGGAUGAUCGUGGUACAGGGCAUGUUUCUUCAUCCUAUGUGGAUAGAUUGAAGGGAAUUUCUCUUCUAGUUAGGGCCGAGAGCGAUGGAUCUCUUUUGCUAGAAAGCAGAAUACAUCCAGACACGGCGUAUCAGAAACAGCAGGACACCUUGAUCGUAUGGUCGGAAGGAGAUAAUUUUGACUUGGCUUUAAGUUUUCAAGAAAAGGCAGGUUGCGAUGAAAUUUGGGAGAGAAUUUGUCAGGUGCAAGGGAAGGACCCUUCCGUUGAAAUUACACAGGACAUUGUGGAAGAAUCCGAAGAUGAAAGAUUCGAUGAGAUGUCGGAUUCGGUGCCACCGAUAGAAUUACCUCCAUGCGAGCUCAGUCGAUUGGAAGAUAUUAAUGAGCUUAUAGGAAACUGUUUAACGACCCAGGGAACGAAAGAAAAAAUAGCUGUGGCCUUAGAAUCCGAAGGUUAUAUCAAGAAACUUUUAAACUUGUUCCACACCUGUGAAGAUUUGGAAAACAUUGAAGGGCUGCAUCACUUGUAUGACAUAUUCAAGAACAUUUUUCUACUUAACAGGAAUCCACUUUUUGAGGUUAUGUUUAGCGAUGACACUAUUUUUGACGUUGUGGGAUGUUUAGAGUACGAACCGACGUCACCUAAGCCGAAAAGGCAUAGGGAAUACCUUCGUCAGUUAGCCAGAUUUAAACAAGCGAUUCCUAUCACCAACACUGAAUUAUUAGCAAAGAUUCAUCAAACUUAUCGUGUACAAUAUAUUCAGGAUGUUGUUUUGCCGACCCCCAGUGUGUUCGAAGAAAAUAUGCUCAACACAUUGAGUAGCUUUAUAUUUUUUAACAAAGUUGAAAUAGUGACUUUAAUACAAGAUGACGAGAAAUUUCUUACAGAGUUAUUUCGUCAAUUAACGGAUGAAACCACGUCAGAUACGAAACGGCGUGAUUUAGUUCUGUUUCUAAAAGAAUUUUGCAAUUUUUCUCAAAAUUUGCAACCUGCAGGAAAAGAAGUAUUCUACAGAACCUUGAACACCCUCGGCAUUUUACCAGCGCUCGAAAUUACGCUCGCGAUAAACGACGCUCAAACCAAGACAGCUAGUAUAGAUAUAUUAACAUACAUCGUUGAAUUUUCUCCAAGUGUUGUUAGAGAAUAUACCCUGCAACAGAUAAAUAACACGGAACAAGAUCAGAUGUUGGUAAACGUGGUUGUGGCACAGCUAGUAGGAGACGGUGAUCCCGAACUAGGUGGUGCAGUUCAACUAGCUGGUGUUCUGCGUCUACUCUUAGAUCCGGAAAACAUGUUGGCUUCGAAUAACAAAGCGGAGAAGACUGAUUUCUUGACUUAUUUUUACAAAAAUAGCAUUGGUACACUGAUCACACCCUUAUUGGCCAAUACAAUUGGAGAUCGACCAGCAAGGGAAGACUAUAGAACGGUUCAGCUUUUGGGAUUAAUUUUGGAGUUGCUUUCGUUCUGUGUGGAACAUCACACGUACCACAUAAAAAAUUGCAUUUUAAACAAGGAUUUGCUCAGAAGAAUAUUGGUUUUAAUGAAGUCAACGCACACUUUUUUAGUAUUAUGUGCAUUAAGGUUUAUGAGAAAGAUCAUAGCUCUGAAGGACGAGUUUUACAACAGAUAUAUAAUUAAAGGAAAUUUAUUUGCACCAGUGUUCGAUGCGUUCGUAAGGAACAAUGGUAGAUACAACCUUUUGGAUUCUGCAAUCUUGGAAAUGUUUGAGUUCAUAAAAUUGGAGGAUAUCAAAUUACUCUGUUCGCACGUAGUCGAAAACUUCUCUAAGGAGUUGGAAGCAAUUGACUACGUUCAAACAUUUAAAGCGUUAAAGUUGAGGUACGAACAACAUCAAGAUAAAUUGAAAGAUCGAGACCGAGCUACUCUUGAUAGUGUACCUUCGAUAUUAAGAAGCAGUCGGUAUCGACGAGAUCAACGACAGCUCGACGAGGAAGAGGAAAUGUGGUUUAACGAAGAGGAAGAUUUUGACGAAGGCGAAGCGGUGGUGCCCGCCGCUGCUGCAGAUCUCGUGCCUCCAGCUUCCGCAAAGAAACAACCUCCAUCCGCAAACUCUGCGCCAAACUCCCCUGCGGCUGAUUCCAAGAGUCAACAGCAACAGCAAUUACAACAGACAGUCUUAAACAACAAUACGGCCAAUAACAAUACGUCAACGCAACAAUCUCAAGUAAACAACGGUGCACCGGCGGCAAAUGACUCUUCACUUUCUACAGAAGUUAAUCCCAGUUCUACUGUCAAUGCUGUUGAAAAGACGGGGGCCACUAUAUUUAAAAAGGGCUUGGUCGAUUACGAGGCCGAUUCGGAUGAAGAUGACGAGGACUCGGACCUAACUCCUUCGCCGAAGCGACAGCGAAUCUCAUUGUAGGAAAACUAUAGCAGAGCAACAUUCGCGUCGUGAUGAUUGAUCGUGACGGUCGUGGCCCAAACCCUCUCGUGCCGUCGAGACGACAGGAGCUGCUUCCAAUGAGUCGUGUCGUGUCCGAAGGAGAUCGGGAGCCGAUUUAUCUCUCGAUGGAAAAGCACAACGGAGGGAUUUACUCUUAGUGUGUACGCGUGUGGUGGACGUUUACACGCCUGUCCGCGUUGAACAGUGUACAGAAAGAGAGGCAUGCACAGCAACAGGAGGUACAGAUAUGCUGAUGGAUUUGUAAAACAAAGGAACUUUAAACUUUCUUAAUAAGGUAAAUGAUAAGAAUUUACACGCCGCUGUACGACUAUGUUAUGUAAAGAGAUAGUAAAUUUGAAGGAAAACCGUAGUUCAUUCCAAUGGUUUGAAACGCCUCACACGCUAAACGAAACACGCGAACUCCUCGAUGGAAUCCGAAGCUCUAGCUCCGCCUAGCGGUUUAAGAGUAAGGCUCCAGGCUCGUGAGCUCGGAACUUAACUUGCCGUCGAGUCGGAUUAAACUUUGACAGGAAGUGACACGUGGCUCGAGAGACUGGAUUUCGACUUCGAAUGUCAAGUUAAGCGCUAGUACAAUUUCACGAACAUACGUACUCAAAGAAUCGUCAACAGAGACUCCGAUAUGGCUCAAGUGUUCUUAUUUUGCCAUAGUUAUUUUCUUACCGAGCAGUCGAUCUCGCUAGUAAAUGUCAGCGUUUAUUUUCGCGCUUUCUCGUUAGUUAAUGCAAAUUUCGCGGUCUCGAUAAAUUCGAAGGAAGGGUGUUUAUUUGUUGUUUCGCGUUUAGAUUCUGCCAUAGACCCAAAUCGUUCCUUCGUUACAUAGAGGACCUAUUGAUCGAAUCCAAAUUUUGAUUUACAUUGUGAUAUUUUUAAUUAGAACGAAUCGAAUGUAGCGAUAUGUAUACGUGAUUAGGCGCGGUACGAUUGUACGCGUUGGAUUGUCGGGCGAGGUAAAUUUUUGUAAGGCAUCCCGAAUCACCGAAUGGAACUUAUAAACAUAAUUAGCACCGAAAUGUUUGUCGGUACCAUUGCUGUAAAAUUGUACAUGCAACUCUGCUUCUUGCACAUAACACUUAGCGCCAUUAACAUCUUCAUUAAUUCAUUACUCAUCCAUUGGUAUGCACGGCUGGUAUAAAAUAAGUGCGUCGUUACUAAUGAAUUGACCAGGAAUAUUGGCAGUGUUUUACAGGACAGAAAGAGAAAUUUUCGUGUUACUUUAAUCGCGAGAUUUAGUAAACGUUAUCGCCAAGGCGCGCUAAAGCCUAGCGCUCGUGUACAUAAGAAAAAGAAAACAAAAAUAAGCGCCCACGAACUGUCCGCAGAAAGUGUAAGAAAGAUUAAGACCGUUUAGUUAAUCGACCAGGUAACGAGUAAUGGUUGUUCCCAUGUGUUUUACUUUAUUUACAACUUAUUCAGUAAUAAGGAAAAAUCUUACUACUCUAAGGCUGGAGCAUUAUGUAUCGGGUGCGACGAAGUUAAAGUACGAUCGAGUGCUACAUCGAGUGUAUCGGAUGUAUUUUUGUACAGGGUGUUUUAGGCUUUGUCACUAUCGAUCAUUUGCUGAAUACUUGAAACGCUCGCCCGUUCGACUCGGCAAGGAAAGAAUCAUUAGCAUUAUACAUCUGAUCUGUGUUCAAUCAUAAUCGAGUCGAUCGUGCAAUUUCGUAGAAAGUGUACUUUUCUACAUGAUAAUACGAGCAUCUAUUACAGAGGUAACGUGAUAAGAGCAAUUCUAAACCAAACAACAAUAUUGAUACGCAAUGGAAGCAUCAAUAACAGUACAAAAGUUUCCUAUCGAUUACUUUAGGAAAUAAUUACAAUUCAGUUUUUGAACGGCCCGUCAUCGUACUCGUACACCUUUCCUGGUUAAGGCGCAAAAUUUGACUUCGUACAGGAUCGGUUCGAUCGAUAGACCUUGUCCUUCCGGAUUACCGUUGCUCACGAAUUAAUUCUAUUAUAAUAUUAAAUUCAGAUUAAAUAUUGGAGAGAGAGAUAUAUGUGUGAUCGCGUCUGUAUUCAAAAUUUAUUAUGAAACGAAAAGUAAAUAAGAUAUACGUGAUAAUUUAUUUAAAAAGGUGACAAUUUUGACACUGCCUAAAACAUGUCCAAAAUGAUACUGAAUCUUUGAAUGUUUUAGAGCAUUCCGUAGGAGAAUCGGCACGGAGGCUGAUACCUGAAAUUUUACAACCGUCACAUUGAUAUAAAUAUAUCAAUUAAAGGAUUAACAAAGUCUUGCAUACUGUGUACAAUGUCACGUGUUAUAACAAUAUUAUGCAUUUUACUUUAUAUACCAACAAAGCGCGACGUUUUUCUCCAACGUGCACCAUUUUAUAAUAAACAUUUUCACGAA